AUGAAGUUCCGUCUGAAGCUCCUGAAAAGCAAAGUCGUACACCAGUGUGUGAAAGCUAAUACCUUUUCUCAAAACUUGAAUCUUUUUAGCACUCCUUCACCAAAGACCAACGAGGCAAAUGAAGAAGAGGAUGGAACAAGCCGAGGAGUUGAGUCUGAAACUGGUAACAAGCCGAGCACUCUUCUGCCAAAGGAAGUUGAAAUUGGUGAAGGUCAAACUGAUGAAAUUGACAAAGUAGCUGGGUGUGAAGCUGCUAACAAGCAAAGUACUUCAAUGCCAAAGACAAUUGUAAUCAAUGAAGAUAAACAAGACCAAGUGAACCUUGAUGACCAGAAUGUGAUGGAUGGUACUCGAACAGCUGAAAUUGAUGAAGCUACUAUAAUUGCAGCUGAAGCCAUAUGUUGUUACAGAAUGGCACCAUCUGAAGUGAAGGAAAAGAUGGCAACCCUGAUUCUCCACGAUUGUCCAAGCUUUGCAUUAUUGAGCCAAGAAGAUCCAAAAGAAGAGUCAUCGCAAAAAUCAUUAUCCAAUGAAGAUGUACGAGAAAGGAUCAUUGAAGAAGCAGACAAAAAAAAGUCAGCUGAUGAAGAAUACAAGAAGAAAAUUGAGUCGAAGAAUGGUUUGGAGAAUUAUGCUUACAACAUGAGAAAUACAAUCAAUGAUGAGAAAAUUGCUGGGAAAUUGGAUCCAGCUGACAAGAAGAAGAUAGAGAACGCCAUUGAAGUUGUUAUCCAGUGGCUUGACUCCAACCAGCUUGCAGAGGCUGAUGUAUUUUAUGAUAAGAUAAAGAAGUUGGAGAGUCUCUGCAACCCAAUUAUUGCAAACAUGUAUCAAGGUGGUGCUGCUGGACCUGACAUGGGUGGCUUUGGUGGAAUGGAUGAGGAUGGUCCUUCAAUGGGUGGUGCUGGUAGCACUAGUGCAGGACCUAAGAUUGAGGAAGUUGAUUAA